UUUCCGACACACUUUUAUCACACAAGAUAAAACAGUACUUUGUUUUUGAGCUCCAAAACUGAAAAAACUCUCCAAUUUUUAUCAAAUCUUCUAGACAACGAUGGGAUCUGAAUCUCAAGUUGUUUGUGUUACUGGUGCCUCUGGGUUCAUUGGUUCAUGGCUGGUCAUGAGGCUACUCGAACACGGUUACACUGUCCGCGCCACCGUCCGUGAUCCCGAUAAUCAAAAGAAGGUAAAGCACUUGCUUGAUCUACCAAAAGCCAACACCCAUUUGACAUUGUGGAAAGCUGAUUUAUCUGAAGAAGGAAGCUUUGAUGCAGCCAUUAAUGGCUGUUGUGGUGUCUUCCAUGUUGCCACUCCAAUGGAUUUUGAGUCCAAGGACCCUGAGAAUGAAGUGAUAAAGCCAACAAUAAAUGGAGUAUUGGAUAUAAUGAAAGCAUGCAUCAAAGCAAAGACAGUAAAAAAAUUGAUUUUCACAUCAUCAGCUGGAACUGUCAAUGUUGAAGAACACCAAGGAACUGUUUAUGAUGAAAGUAAUUGGAGUGAUUUGGAAUUUGUCUAUGCCAAGAAAAUGACUGGAUGGAUGUAUUUUGUCUCCAAGACAUUGGCUGAGCAAGCUGCCUGGAAGUUUGCAAAGGAGAAUAACUUGGAUCUCAUCACUAUAAUUCCAACUCUUGUCAUUGGUCCAUUUCUUAUGCCUUCAAUGCCACCUAGUCUAAUUACUGGCCUUUCACCCCUUACUGGGAAUGAAGCUCAUUAUGGUAUCAUUAGGCAAGGGCAGUUUGUGCACUUGGAUGAUCUCUGCAUGUCUCACAUAUUCUUGUUUGAAAACCCUAAAGCUGAAGGCAGAUACAUUUGCUCCUCCCAUGAGGCCACCAUUGUUGAGCUUGCCAAAAUGCUAAGAGAAAAAUACCCAGACUACAAUAUUCCUACUGAGUUCAAAGAUGCAGAUGAAAACUUGGGAAAUGUGGUCUUCAAUUCCAAGAAGCUGUUGGAUUUAGGGUUUCAAUUUAAGUACAGCUUGGAAGACAUGUUUGUCGGAGCUGUGGAGACAUGUCAUGAAAAAGGGUUAAUUGCACCUCCAACAAAGAUUGAGAAUGCAAUAAAUCGUGAUACCAUUGCUUCUAUUGAGACACCAACCAGUGUUAAAUGUUAGAACAAUAUCUAUCUAUAUCAUGGAUGUAUCACCAUUGUCAUGUUAAGGGCUUUGGCGUCUUUUUUUUGAAUUAAAAUAAAGAUUUUCGUUUGGAUCUCA